AUGGCCAACAUGCCAGCAUCAGUCGUCAUCUUAGGCGCGGGGGUCACCGGUCUCACCACCGCCAACACUCUUCUCAGCCGAUUCCCCUCCUCUAAUCUCGAUAUAACAAUUGUUGCCAAACAUCUGCCGGGCGACACAUCCCAGACAGAAUACUGUUCUCCACAAGCCGGUGCCAAUUGGUUCACUUUUCAAACGGAAUUCAACAAAUUCGCGCAUUACGACAAGGUCACUUUUGAGCGCUUCAUCAAAAUCGCCGAGGAAAGCCCCGAAAGUGGCAUCAAGCGAUUCCCACUUAGAGUUGUAUCUGGACACGAUGUACGAACUACGGAAAACCCUUGGUUUGAGGAGUUGGUAGGUGGGGUGAAGGAUGUCCCCAAAGAGGAAUUGCCAGAGGGAGCCCAGCAGGGAAUGGAUUUGGUCACGUUCAUGUUUAACCCGAAUAUUUAUCUUCAUUGGUUGAAUGCAAGGUUGAUUAAAGCCGGUGUGAGGAUCCUUCGCCGGUCCUACAAACAUAUCGACGAUGUGAUGUCGGACUUUCCCCACGCAUCAGCCGUCUUCAAUUGUACCGGACUAGGUGCGAGAACGCUCGGAGGUGUCCAGGAUGAGAAAGGCCAAACACUGCUCAUAGCCGAACCAAUAACCCCACUGAAAAGAAUGGCUAUCUGGACCCAGCCUUCUUUGUUCGGUCCCAAUGAAUUCGCGCAUGUCUUCCCUCGGCCGCUUGGCGGCGGUGUUAUCAUCGGCGGUAUGAGUAUUCAGGAUCGCUGGGACGAGACUUACGAUCCUUCGCUAGCUGAGCGCACGAAGCAAAGGGCGUGCCAACUUUGUCCAGAACUUGGGAAACCCGAGGACUUGCAGAUUAUUCGGCAUAACGUUGGACUUCGGCCUGCUAGAACUGGCGGUGCACGUAUAGAUGUCGAAGAGAGAAAUGGAAAAGUAAUCGUUCAUAGCUAUGGUGUUGGAGGAGCUGGGUAUCAAUCGUCAUGGGGCAUGGCUGAACACGCGGUCGAUUUACUGGCCCAAAAACUGGGCAGAACAGCAAAGCUGUAAAUGAACAAAGAUAUUGAAAUGAUGUCGAAAGAGCCCCCGACUGUUUGCACCCAGCCCCUCAUGUACAGCGGUCAACAUCUAAGGAGAAUAAUACGAGAUACUAUUAUGUCAUGGGAACACCGAAAUCUUAUUCUAGUGACAUUUCGUAGCAUUGGGUGCUGGGUUCCUCCGUCUCGGAGGAUUCACCUACAAAACAGAGGACCCCCAUGCACGCUCAACCUUCUUCGUAACAAAAAUAACGCACUCCGACGUCAGAUUUUCGUCCUUGUUCGACCAUGCGCAACUCACACUCAAGUGUAGUAAGACAGACCGCCAGCGCGAAGGAGUAUAGAUCAUUCUUGCGAGAACACGAAACGGAGCAUGUCCGGUAGAGGCGCUGCAGAAGCUGCUACUUCUUGACCCCCAAAAGCCCGACGCGCCUCGUCGUUCUCCUUCUACAGAAGGUCAUUCGGUCACCACAAUUUUCCACACAUACACACACACACACACACA